GGCGGAUGCAGAGGGUGUAAGCUGGUUGCGUCACUCAAUCAUAUGACCCCACUAGGAAGUGUUGUGUUGCUGCAGCCAGGAUAACUUUGUAUCGCAGGAAGACUGAUGCAAAACUGACAUAAUGGCUACAAUAAUCAAAGAGACACAGAGUAUUAAAGAGGCAAUGGGGCACAUCAGCACGAUUGACAUCAACAAGUUUUCCCGUCUUCUGUCGCGUAUCAUGCAGAAGCUGCAUUUAAAGACAGAGCGACCUUUCAGUGAGGAAGAAGAAGAGAAGCUGCAAAGUGCACUCGCCCUGGAGAAACCUGCCCUCACCCUGGUUUUGGAGACCAUCUCCUUUAUUUUGGAACAGGCGGUGUACCACAACACAAAACCAGCUGCCCUGAAGCAGCAGCUGGAAGCGGUGGGAAUGGACUCUGAUAAGGCUGACACCCUGUGCCAGGCAUGGAGCAGCGGCGGCCCAGAAAUCAUAGAGAGAAUAAGAGAGAGAAUAUUCUCUCCCAAAAAGUUGGAGCAUGUUGGGUGGCAAAUGAGCCUGCAGAUGGGCCAGUCGGACCAGGCCAAGCUGAAGGCACCUCAUGCCGUGCUCGACCUGGGACUCCAGAAUGAGGACACAGAGGAACGCGAGAACCUCCAAGUGGAGUUCAACCACCAGCAGCUGCUAGAGUUCUACCACAAGCUUGAAACGAUCCAGGCUCAGCUGGACUCUCUCACGUGAAACUCUGACCUUCCUGGACCCCUUUAUUGUUAAUGAAUGAAUGACCUUCACUGUUAAACAGUGGAGGCAGUGUGCUAAGUGGAAGAAUGAAGAUGAAUGAAUGAAUGAAUGAAUGAAUGAACGAAUGAACGAAUGAACGAACGAAUGAAAUGAUGUUAUUUGUUUACUGUGAGAAAGUGUGUUUUGUCUUUUUAUAUUGAUUGUGCUCUCUGAGUCUGUCAAGCUUGCAAUAAGAAAUAAAAAAAAAUAAACUUUUAAAAGUCAUAAAAUAUCAUCUUCCUCUACUA